UCAGUGUGUGUGUGUGUGUGUGUGUGUGCAGGUGUGUCUCAGUCAUGUGUUUUUGCACAGAAGGCGGGGCCAGACACACAGAAUUUGCAUUUAGUGUCUUUAAGCAUUCAGAAGGAGCCAUGGUGCUGCUUGUGGGUGUGUCUGGAGUGGGUGUGGUCAUCAGUGUGUGGGCGUGGUCAUCAUCAGAUCUGACUGAUGUGUGAAUAUAACGCACUGAUGUACAGCAGAAGCCCCGACUCUGACAGCAGCAGCAGCUUCAUCAUGAGCAGCAGGAAGAUCAGCAGGAGGUGUUCUCUGGACAGCUCUGGAUAUCGUCCUCAAACCAGUGGAGUGACAGUGAAGCCCAAGAGCAUCAUGAGAAGAUCUUCAGACAGCAAAACCUUCCAGAGCGCAGCGGAGGCGCAGCUGGAGCUCCUGGAGAAGAACAACUCACACAGGUCUCUCAGGAUUGAGGAGGAGGUUCUGGAUCGCUCUGAUGGAUCUGCUGUUCCUAAUGGCUUCAGGCAGCACAACAGAAGCUUCCACCGGCUGUUCCCAGAGGUGCCGGAGCUGGAGGAUCUGGAGCACGUCUUCACCUGUGCGCUGCAGAAGGAGCUGAUCUACCAGGGGAAGAUGUUCGUUUCCCGUCAGCACAUCUGCUUUCACUCCAGUGUCCUGCUGAAGGAGACCAAGGUGAUAAUCCAGAUGUCCAGUGUUCAGAGCAUACAGAAGAAACACACCGCUAAAUUUGUCCCCAAUGCUCUUGCUGUUGUCACCAAUGACGGACUCAAGCAUCUGUUCGUGUCUCUGCUGAAUAGAGAAGUGUGUUAUCGUUUGCUGCAGUCCUUCUGUCCACAUCUGCAGACCGAGAGCAUCAGCAGGAAAUCCAGUGUGUCCAGCGCUGAGGAGAAUCAGUUCAUACACCUGUCAGAAGAGGCAUGCAGUGAAUCAGCAGAGCACCAGCCUCAGGAUUUAAACACAUCCACAGAUGAACACACCAGAGGAAAGAACACAGCAGAGCAACACAACACAGGCGUCUCCAGGCUCUCAGAGAAGCUGAAGUCUCUCCUGUGCUCCAGAAACUCUCUCGGCCUGAACACACUCCUGCUCUUCUACCUGGUUCUUGCUCUUCUUCUGCUGUUGUCGUCUGGUUAUAUCGGUCUGCGUAUCGUGGCGCUGGAGGAGCAGCUGAGCAUUCUGGGAUCUCUGCAGAACGAGUACCAGGAACCGUAACCCCAAUGGAAGGGAGUGUGUGUUGUAGACUCCCAAUAAAAGAGUGUGUUUUCUCCUCAUGCUGUGUGUGUGUGUGUGUCGGCUGCUCAUGAUGAGGACUCCUGCUUCUCCAUCUGACCCUCGUUCUCCAUCAUCUGCAGUUCUUCAGCUUCAGAUCCCCCAGCCUGCCCUCAGAUUCGACUCAUGUUAAGAUGUCUGGAAGGAGCAGAGGAGUGUGUUCUGGAGGAGGAGGAGGAGGAGGAGGAGGAGGUCUGUGCGGCAG